CAGCAGGAGCAAUAGACACGGACAGCAGGUUGCAGCCGGGAGCCGACGCCUUGCCCGCGCUGGGGACUCAGGCAGGCGGACUCUCAUGCGGCGGCAGCAGCAGCAGCAGCUCUUCGCCGGCCGCUCCAAACUCCGUGCCUGCGCGGCGGCGGCGACGGCGGCAAGCGCUAGCUCCGGCUCCGUCCUACUUCCUCUUCUCGCCUUGGCGACCCGCGCGGGGGCCGCCGCCCCGUCUCUCCAGCCCGCCAGCCCGGGGCGGCUGCGCCUUCCUUGAAGCCUGGGAGCCCCCACUCCCCCGCUGCUCUUCCCUAUGGGGAUUCGGGAGUUCCCCAACGGCACGGCCAGGGGCAAGACCGUCGCCAUUGGCAUGAGGAGAUCUCCAGACGUCAGCCCCAGGAGGCUGUCAGACAUCAGCCCUCAACUCCGGCAGCUGAAAUACCUAGUAGUGGAUGAGGCAAUCAAAGAGGAUUUGAAAUGGUCCCGAUCUGUGGAAGACCUCACUAGUGCGACCGUGGGGCUCACCUCUAUUGAGGAAAGGAUUCUACGGAUUACUGGCUACUACGGCUAUCAGCCCUGGGCUGCCAGCUACAAAAGGGAUGAGCGUUCCCAUGAUUCCCCAGCCCCAGCAGAAGCCCAGGCACAAGUUGGGAUGGAAGCUGGUGGAAGAAGGAGCCGAUGUUGUUGGACAUGCUCUGUGACCCAGCUUAAGAAAAUUUUCUGGGGUGUAUUGGUGGUGCUUGGCGUCUGCUCCUCCUGGUCAGGUUCAACCCAGCUAGCAAAACUGACCUUUAAGAAAUUUGAUGCACCCUUCACUUUGACAUGGUUUGCAACAAACUGGAACUUUUUAUUCUUUCCUUUGUAUUACAUUGGACAUGUUUGUAAGUCAGCUGAAAAACAGUCUCCACAACAAAAAUACAGGGAGUGCUGUCAAUUUUUUGGAGACAACGGCAUGACACUGAAAGCAUUUUUUACCAAGGCAGCACCCUUUGGUGUACUUUGGACACUCACAAACUACCUGUACUUACAUGCAAUAAAAAAAAUAAACACCACGGACGUCUCCGUGUUGUUCUGCUGCAACAAAGCUUUUGUGUUUUUGCUUUCGUGGAUUGUUCUCAGGGACAGAUUCAUGGGAGUAAGGAUUGUGGCUGCUAUACUUGCUAUUGCAGGGAUAGUCAUGAUGACUUAUGCUGAUGGAUUCCACAGUCAUUCAGUUAUCGGAAUAGCACUUGUUGUGGGAUCUGCAUCAACAUCAGCCCUCUAUAAGGUUUUGUUUAAGCUUCUCCUGGGGAGUGCUAAAUUUGGGGAAGCUGCCUUAUUUUUGUCAGUGUUGGCGGUCUUCAAUGUACUUUUUGUUACCUGUAUUCCUAUCAUCCUUUACUUUACCAAAGUUGAAUACUGGAGUUCUUUCGAUGACAUUCCUUGGGGAAGCAUUUGCGGAUUUUCAGUCCUAUUAUUGACAUUCAAUAUUUUAUUAAAUUUUGGGAUUGCUAUUACAUAUCCUACCUUGAUAUCUCUUGGAAUUGUACUAAGUGUACCUGUAAAUGUCGUUGUUGAUCACUACCUGAGUGACAUUGAAUUCAACAGCGUCCGCGUAAUUGCCAUUGUAAUCAUUGGCCUGGGCUUCCUGCUGCUGCUUUUACCAGAGGAAUGGGAUGAGUGGUUGAUAAAGAUCCUCACUCGCCUCAAAGUACGAAAGAAGGAAGAGAUACCGGAAGGAAAUGGAGACAUUGUUUCAGGAUUACAAAAUAAAAGCAGGAGAACACGCCCAUCCAUGUCAUCAUUCUCACACUAAUGUUGUUUUUUUAUGGAAAGUCUUAAUGUUAUAUGCUAGAAUUAACAGAUCUUUUCUUGCAAAGCACAUAUGUUCAAUACAGUGUACAUAGAUGUACAGUUUUGAUAAUAAUAGAGUCUGAGGCAUCAUGUUUCAGCAUGUCCAAAUUGCUUGCACUGUUUCACAUCAGAUAUUUCACUUGAGAGAACUCAUUUAAAAAGGCAAAAACUGAAUUCUUUUUAAAUGAAUGUAAUGUAUAAAUGAAUUAUAUUGCAUAUAUUGUUUUAAUGAUCAAUCAUCAUGAAAAGCAGGGCAUAUAUUUUGAACAUUAAGUACUGAAUGACACAUCGCACACUGUGAUUUAAAAAUAUAUAUAAUAUAUAUAUAGAGGGGGGAAACAGAUGCUGUACUAUGUCAUAAGCUUAUUUUUUACCAGAGCUGUACUCUAUAAAUGUUUUCAUAUAAACCAAAAGAAAAUCUUUUGGUGGAGGGUGGGGUGGGGGAGAAAUGUCUGUGUGAAGAUUAGUGCCCUUAGUGCCAGAGCAGAGGCAGGAUAAAAUGUUAAGUUUUGCACAAAAGCAUGAAGGUGACAGCAGUCAAGGGUAUCAGGGCACCAUUAGCCAGGGAUUUUUCCUGUGAAAGCCUCAUUGAAGUGAAUAGCAGGUGUGCAAGAACAUAGCAGGCUUCUUCCUGCAUGGUGUCUUGCAUGACUCCCAUCCAUCUCAAUAGAGUUUGUGCAGGAAAAGUUCUCUCGGGUAGUGCAUCCAAUCUUUAUAACUGUGCAUGAUGACUGCAAUCCAUGCUUUUUCUCAUGCAAGGGAAAAUACAGUGCCUUCUACAGAAAUCUAGUCCAUUGUCUGUGUAGAAGUAGGUCACACUGCAAGUUGCUUCUGCAUUGGUCUUUACAACAUGAAGAGCUUGUUCUGCAGACACAGUGCUCUUGAAACUCCCAAAGAAAUCAAUGAGUGCCUGCUUCAAGCCACUGAUUAAUGGGAGUGCUGAACACUUGGGGACUUCAAGGUCUCUUGCUAGGUCAGAUUUGCUUCCCACUUACAUGGGUCUUGAGGUGGGACUCUCCUCCUGAUCUAUAUUUCUGAGAGUGUGAAAAGAAUCAAGCCCUGCAUGUAAGAACCUUGCUUAAAAACCAACAAUAAAGCUAGCAGCCACUUACAUGGAACAAAGUUUAUGAUGAUAUACAAAAGGGGACUAAGAGGUGAAUUGCCACUUGCUUUUAUUACAUUGCUUUGAGGGUGGUUAUUUUUUAAAGAACACACAAGAUAUCAACAUCAAACCUAACACUUUUUACAAAACUUGUAAGCACCAAGCUGUUUACUUCUACAAUUUAGGUUCGCCAUUCAAUUUCUAUCUGUGAUAGACUAUGUGAUAUGUACAAAGAAAGAGGCAAAGGUUAUAGUUUACUAUUUUUGAAGUUUACAUUGCUACAUACAAAUUAAAAAUGUUAUUUUGAAAUGUUGCCAUAACCCAAUGGUACAUGCUGUCUCCGUGGCAUUUUUACAUGUCAAAUGGAGGGGGCGUUCACUUCUGAAAUUUUUAUUGAAUCAAUUUCAGAUUCAAUUAUUUGCUUGAAAAAACUAAUAAAACUACUGAAAGUUC